GUUGACACACGAGCAUUGGAAAAAUCGACUUGAAUUCAUUUUUUCGUCAAUUAUUCUUUGACACCGCAUUAACUGUUUUGCCAAAAACGGUUAUUUUUGUCACGAUUCCAAGACAAAAUACCCUGCUAACCAACAUUUUUUUAUAGUGUCAAAACAACCUAAAUUAUUUCUGCUGCUAUUCACUGAAUAUCCAGAAUAUCAACACUUUUCUCGGAAUAAUAAAAAAAAUACGUUCUUGCCACAUGUAAAAGAUUUUUUGAUGAAUUUUGCCGCGAAGAGUUGUUGAGCAGACGAAAGUAAUGAAAGUACUUACGAAAGUAAAUCGAAUACGGAUUUUCCGGUGAUUCACUUAGCGAGGUUCUUCAUCGUAUUAAUUCGUUACUUUGACACACUAUUUUCGAUUAUAUAUCGAUAAAAUAUUUUCGUUCUGUUGACCUCCGCGUUGUUGUCAAGUGACCUUCAUCCUGUAGGAACACUGUUAUUAUUAUUAUUGUUUUCGUUGUAUUGACUUCGGUUGAGGCACAGUGUUUACCGGGUAGAGAAACGAAAAAGGCGGUAUUUUUUACAUGCGAGUCGUACAGUCGCGUAUAUUACCCGGCACCCGCGUGAGUGGUGUUACCCUUGACGGAAAAAAAUCGAAAUAAACUUCGUGCAAGGAUCGAUGUCAAAACAUCAACAUUGCUUCAUUUUUAUCCCCGUUCCCCGUAUUUUUAUUAAUAAGGAUCCAAUCAUCUCGAUAACCAGAGUCCUUUCCUUUGUGCCAUCGAUUCAACAUGUCCUCAGAUGAAGAUUAUUAUCCUCCAAAUGAAGCACCCUAUAACCGUCGUCAACGCUGCAAGGGAAGAACUCGUUCUAGAAUUCGAAAAACAAAGACUGCAACCCCAACAAGAUCUCAUGGAAAAUCAGGAAAAGAAUUCCUGAUAACAAGAAAAAGCAAAAUAUCACCAACGAUACCGAAAGAAAAAAUAGAAGAUGUAGAGAAGACAGAUCCCAGCAAAUUUAGCAGUGAGCCACUAACACCAGUCGAAUUGCAUCAAUUGUUUCUCAAAUUCAAAAAAGAUGGACAUUUUAAAUGUGUUCCAUCCACUUCUCUGUCAUCUCAACCCGAAUCGAGACCAAGAGAUGGGAAACUUGGUGUUAAGAGGACAGAAGAAACUGAAAAGGUAACGACUUCAGUCAAUCCCCAGAGAGAAGGUAUGGGAAAUAACACUGAGAAAGGAGAAACGUUGCCGCAUGGAAUCAAUCCAUUAUCUGUUACUUGGUUGAAUCCUCUACCCAACCUCUCCGGCAGUACGCUGCACAUAAGUCCCGAUAAGAGUUCUCUUAUUCCAUUGAUUCCGCUGAAUACACUGGAAUACAACUGGGAGAAGCCAAUGCUGUGCCAGAAUUUUUUAUCUUCUGGAACUUUCAGGGACAAAAGCAGGAUUGACUUGUCUUCAAAUCGGAAUACUAUUUCAAGCUUUAUUCCACAAAAACAGUACCAGCCUCCGCUGAUAACAAACUCCGGUAAACAAGUUUUUAACAAGCCACAAUGGAACUCUGGCUGGAAAUGUUUUGAUCAUGGCAACGAAUUGCCCACCUCUCAAAACCAAGCUGAUUUUUGCGGAUUAUAUUACCCCAGCAACAAUCCGCACAUGGCAUACAACGAAAAAGGUAUGAGUGUGCCAAUGAACCAAGCGAGUCGUGAAAACAUUGGGAACCCCUACGAGAUUUAUGCUAAGCCACCGUCUACACAGAUUUAUCAAAAUAACGUUUACAAUGGUUUUGGCCAAAGCGAAAAUGCACAAGAACAUUUUCAAAACAGACCAAUGAACCCGACAACUUCAGUUUAUGUCUCACAAAAUGGGAACGUUCAUGAAAAUUUGCCAAUUGAUUGGAUCGGGACCACUGUAAAUGACAUUUCUAGCUCUCUUCCCAACUCCGGUGUACCGACUAACGAUCUUCCGGAUUCACGAAUUUCCCCGCACUACAACUCAAUACAACUCAAUCAUCCGAUGCCGUCUAACGGAUUUGGUGGAAAUGAAAAUUCAAUAAACGGUUACAACAGCAAUCCAAACGCAAACAUGCCGCUAAUGCCAUGGAACAACCCACAGGUUUUUCCAAAUCUUUGUUCAACCGCGAACGAAUUAUGCUAUGCCAGUGACUGGUUCAACUUGUCUGUAUCUCCUGGCCAACCUGUUGCUUCUAAGCUCGCCAACGAAGCGAAAAAUAUUGGCACUCAGCAAACUCAUAGAUUGCAACAUAAUCCAUCCCAUAGAGGUGCUUUCGUAAACAUUGACAACCAAAUGAGCUCAACAAUCAUUCCUCAUUCAACUUACAGUGUCCCUGCAACAACAACAACUGCAAAGCUUGAUAAAAAUAUGGAAGUAACUACCAUCAAUGGAAACGAUACUGAUGAUUCUAUCCUAUUCAUCGAUGACAUUUCAAAGGACGUAGAUAUUUGCCGAAUGGUAUCGUCGUUUCCAUCGUACGACGAUGAUAUAGAGUACGAAAAUUAUGAGGAUGGUAAUAUUCCUUACAACGAAAAUUCCGUUUCAACUACAAUGAGUCUCAGUACAGAGUUACACUCUGGUCUGUUAACUACAGUCAAAACUGAAGACAAAAGCUUGUGCGAAUCUUCGAAUCAUCCACAGUACAAUGGCCAUUCUAUGCUCGACAAUCAGUCUUCAACUUUUUACGAUUUGAGUACCACGGAAGUACUUCAGAAGUCGUCGGAUCGUCUUAUUUUACAAGAUUCAACCAAUUUUUUAGCAUAAUAAUCUUGGAUAAUUCGAAUGAAAUUGUUCCAUUUUUGUAAGGAAUAAUUUUUCUUUUAAAUUAAAAAAUAUUUAUUCUUCAUUGUGACCAACGACUGUGAUAAUUCACAUCUUUAUUCUGUAAUACAAAAUAUACGAAACUCUCCGUCAUAAGUAAACAAAUAAGUACAAAUUAAAAAUGAAACGAACGGUACAAAGCA